UCCGGAGCAGCAUUCCAGCCUCCUCCUUCUUACUCCGGCAGUCCUUUUCAUCCUGGGCCCGGGGUCACGGCCCCUCCCACGGAGGGAGGUUAAGGGGAGGAGAUGGGGCCCCAGAGCAGCCAAGAGGGGGAUGGGCUCAGAGCAGGUAGCGGGGACUGGGCCUUCCUGGAUGUCAUGACCCCGCUUCCACUACCCAUCCUGAAGGUUUCCCGGCUUGCUCGCGGGCCUGGGCAGGGGGGCAGUCAAAUACCGUGGCAGGGGCGGGGCCAGGCCCCCGGGGGUCUCCCCGCCUUUCGGGCUCAGCCAAGCGGAGGUGAAACCUGAGCCCAGGUUGGGGGCGGGGCUGGCUCCUGCUUGGACGGGGCUGGCCUGCGCCUCCACCCCUUUCCCCACACCCUGGCCUUUUUCUGGAAGAGUAAGGUCCGUGUCUCCAAGCGCUGGAGCAGGGCCCGCGAUGGAGUCCGCAGCCCGCGGUCGCACCCCUCCUUGAGCGCCCCGGCAGGCGGCCAUGCUGCCCCGAGGGCGCCCCCGGGCGCUGGGGGCUGCCGCUCUGCUGCUGCUGCUGAUUCUGAUCGGAUUCUUCCUGUUCGGCGGAGACCUGGCCUGUGAGCGCCGCGAGCAGAGGGGGCCGGGAUCCUUCCCAUGCGCGCUAACGCCACGUGUCCCCCCCGACGGAGACCCGUCGGUGGACCACCCGGGCCACAACCGCUCGGGCUGCGUCCCGCUGCGGCCGCUGCCUCACAAGUGCGAGCUCUUGCAUGUGGCAAUCGUGUGUGCAGGACAUAACACCAGCCGAGAUGUCAUCACCCUGGUGAAGUCCAUGCUCUUCUACAGGAAAAACCCGCUGCACCUCCAUUUGGUGACUGAUGCGGUGGCCAGGAGCAUCCUGGAGACGCUCUUCCACACAUGGAUGGUGCCCGCUGUCCGGGUCAGCUUCUACGACGCUGAAGAGCUCAAGCCCCAGGUCUCCUGGAUCCCCAACAAGCACUACUCUGGCCUCUAUGGGUUAAUGAAGCUCGUGCUACCUGGUGUGCUGCCUCCUGACCUGGUCCGUGUUAUUGUCCUGGACACAGAUGUCACCUUUGCCUCCGACAUUGCAGAGCUCUGGGCAUUCUUUGCCCAUUUUUCUGAUGAGCAGGUGAUCGGUCUCGUGGAGAACCAGAGCGACUGGUACCUGGGCAACCUCUGGAGGAACCACAGGCCCUGGCCUGCCUUAGGCCGGGGAUUUAACACAGGUGUGAUCCUCCUGCGGCUGGACCGGCUUCGGCAGACUGGCUGGGAGCAGAUGUGGAAGCUGACAGCUACGCAGGAGCUGCUCACCUUGCCCGCCACCUCACUGGCCGACCAGGACAUCUUCAAUGCUGUAAUUAAGGGGCACCCGGGGCUGGUGCAGCCCCUGCCCUGCGUCUGGAAUGUGCAGCUGUCAGACCACACGCUGGCCGAGCGCUGUUACUUGGAGGCGGCUGACCUCAAGGUGAUCCACUGGAACUCACCAAAGAAGCUGCGUGUGAAGAACAAGCACGUGGAAUUCUUCCGUAACCUCUACCUGACCUUCUUGGAGUACGAUGGGAAUCUGCUACGGAGAGGGCUCUUUGGGUGCCCCAGCCCACCCUCACCUGAGGCCGAGCAGCCCUGGUCCUUCCCCCCUCGAUUCCCUCAGUUACAGCGGGCCCUGGCACAGCUCAACGAGGAAGAGGCCUGCUUUGAGUUCCGGCAGCAGCAGCUCACUGUACACCGUGUGCACGUCACUUUUCUGCCCCAUGAGCCGCCGCCCUCCCGGCCCCACGAUGUCACCCUCGUGGCCCAUCUCUCCAUGGACCGGCUGCAGAUGCUGGAAGCCCUGUGUAGGCACUGGCCGGGCCCCAUGAGCCUGGCCUUGUACCUCACAGACGCAGAGGCCCAGCACUUCCUGCGUUUCGUCGAGGACUCGGCGGUGCUUUCUGCCCGGCCAGAUGUGGCCUACCACGUGGUGUACCGUGAGGGUCCCCUCUACCCCAUUAACCAGCUUCGCAACGUGGCCUUGGCCCAGGCCCUCACGCCUUACGUCUUCCUCAGUGACAUUGACUUCCUGCCUUCUUAUUCCCUCUACGACUACCUCAGGGCCUCCAUCGGGCAGCUGGAGCUGGGCCGCGGGCGGAAGGCCGCUCUGGUGGUGCCAGCGUUUGAGACCCUGCACUACCACUUCACCUUCCCCAGUUCCAAGGCCGAACUGCUGGCCUUGCUGGACGCUGGCUCUCUCUCCACCUUCAGGUACCACGAGUGGCCCCAGGGUUACGCGCCCACAGACUAUGCCCGAUGGCGGGAGGCUCAGGCCCCAUACCGCGUGCAAUGGGCAGCUGACUACGAGCCCUACGUGGUGGUGCCACGUGACUGUCCCCGCUACGACCCCCGGUUUGUGGGCUUUGGCUGGAACAAGGUGGCCCACAUUGUGGAGCUGGAUGCACAGGAAUAUGAGCUCCUGGUGCUGCCAGAGGCCUUCACCAUCCACCUGCCACACACCCCAAGCCUUGACAUCUCCCGCUUCCGCUCCAACCCCACCUAUCGUGAGUGCCUGCAGGCCCUCAAGGACGAGUUCCACCAGGACUUGUCUCGCCACUAUGGGGCUGCUGCCCUCAAAUACCUCACUGCCCUGCAGCAGCCCCGAGGCCCCACCUGACCUAAGGCUUCCCCGUACCCCUGCCCCUCGCCUUGGCUCACACUCUCCCUGCAGAGACUGGAGCAACCUGCCACCUCUCCCAACCCUCCGUUAUUUAAAUUAUUUAAGGUCUUUGUGGGAAGGGCUGCAGUGGAGCAUCUGUGGGGUGUGGUUUGGGAGCCCUCCUUUGCUGCUAUUCUGUGGCAGGGGUCCUUCUGCCCCAGCUGGUUUGGGGCUAAUGCUCCCAUCCUCAGUUGUACAUCCCUUUUUCAUAAUUAAAGUUUUAAAAACUUUGUUUCAUGUUCCUCUUGGUUUGGGGCAUGAGAGCAUCUGUGCG